GCAGAGGGAGAGAGCUGUUAAAUACAGGGCGGUGAGGUUUCCAAGUCCAUAGCUAUAUCAUUUUCCCCGAUACAAUAGGGAUAUAGCUGAGCCGCACUAGUGUGUCAGUCGGUAGUCGAAGCUGUUACGGAGACAGUCUUCACGGGACUCAAGGCCUUUGUUUCUGAGUUUCCCCCCUAUCGGUAGAGCCAUUCGAGAAGACCGCGGUUAUUUCGGUUCUCCUCCUAUCCUCCUGCUACUAUCUCAUGUAGAGGAUGUGACCCUGGAAAAUACUUGGGAGUACAUUAUAUAUACAAAGUGGCCUUCGCUGCCGUUGAAUAAAUGCAGUAGGCAGAAGGAAAGAUACUUUUUCCUGUGUCCGGUAGUAGCUGGUAUUCACGCAAAAGGCUUGAGUAGUAUACCAGCGGAAUGGUGUGGUACUACCAGCUGUUGUUCCUACUUAUUAUUUCCCAACUCUACCAGGCGGAGACACAAUACACGUUGACUGUGAAAACGGGACUCUCCUGGGGUGCGGGAACAGACGCCUCGGUGAAGGUGAGGCUCGGUGCGGAGAGCGGCAAUUGGUCAGAGAUCACACCACUUAAAAACAAUCGGAACAACUUUGAACAUGGAGGCACGGACCACUUCACCCUGCCCUCGGAUUACCUCGGCGCCGUCUGUCACCUGACCGUGUGGAUGAUCAAUGAAGGCGGGCUGUUUGUAGAUUGGCAGCUAGACCAGAUUGUUCUUCAUGACAAUGUUACCAGCGGGGAUUCCGUCUUUAACUUCAACAAAUGGAUGCGACAAGAAGAGAAUGCGUCAGCCGUUAUUCAUGGCGGAUGGGGUGAAUGGAGCCCGUGGAGUGAGUGUUCCCUGUCGUGCGGGGGUGGCUUGAGGGUUCGAACGCGGAGCUGUGACAGGCCUCCCCCUGGGUGUGGGGGACAGGGGUGUAUUGGGAGUAUCAAACAGAAGAAACCCUGUGCUGAAGAAGAGUGCACGACGACCUCGACGACGACAGAAGCGACGACGGCACCAACUACGACAGAAGCGACAACAACAACAACAACGACAGAAAUGACAACGGCAACUACAGAAAUGACGACCGAAUCUACAACAACGACACGAAAAGUCACGGAGUCCACCACAACUGUACCAACAGUAGGCCUAUACGCGAAUGCUGGAAAGCGCGGGAAAAAAAACGCGACAGUGAGAUUCAGCAUGACACUUCCGCCGCUGAUCUUGACGUCAUUGCCAGAAACUACGACACCUUUAAGACUUUUCAACAAAUAUACUUCUUCAUUGGUCACGUCAUCACCUGUAACACUGCAAAGAGUGAUCACCUCCUCUCCUACAAAACAUCCCUUUAACACUAUCCCACAGUCCGCCAAAUUGACAACAAUUUACGUCGCCAAAAAGCGUACACAGGUUGGUCCUACGACAACGUCGGUGCCAAUGAAGUUGACAGCCGCAGCUAGGACUUGGUGGGUUCCAGACACCAGACAGUGGCAUCGCCCAACAACCUCACCAACGCCACGCGUUCGUCGGCCGUACGCCUCUUAUCCAACAACUCAGAGGCGUCACAGGUACGACUGGCGUCAACGACGUCCGCGCCCGACGUACUACCGCCACCAGGCAACCUAUCGACCACUUCUAAGGCUGCCCGUUGAACACCGCCAUCCCUAUCCGAGACGCCGCACGACUACCAUGACAACGCCGACGAAAUCAACCACAGUGAUGCUAUAUUCCAAGAGGUACUUUUCUGUUACAAAUCCACCAAGACGCAACUGGAGGGAGCAGACGACAGCUGUGGCAUCCGUCGAAAAUCGCACACGACCAAGUCCAAUUUACCAGCAUAGGGUUACGCGCCCUUGGCAAAAUCCCAAAAGAAAUCCACCUGUAAUUUUAACGCCGAAAAGUUACGCGAAAAAACAGGGAGAAAUUCAUCAUACGCCUUUACACAAAUUCACUACACUUAGAAGCUUGCAGACACACGGAACAACGGGAAAAAAACCAUCACCCACUCCUACAAAACCAAUUCUCAACGAUGCCAAUGUUGGAAUGACCUCACAGAGAACACGGACGACCGAUGUUUCCACGGCGACAACAACUUCUUCAACAACAACGUCAUCACCUCCACCAGCCACAACAAGCAACAACGGAUAUCCAAAGAUUGAGAAAGUGCGAACAUCAGUGGCGGCUUCAAAACAUGUUACGAAAGAGAAGUCGCUCCCAGAUCAUGAUGUGGCCAGUUUAGCUACCCAGUCAUCUAAGAUGAAUCUGGAUGUAACUAUUCGUUCUCGUAUUAUUCAAAAAGACUCGGCGUCACAAGAUCAUAAUCCGUCUACGCGAUCCAAUCAGCACCAUCCGGUCCGGGCAAUAAGGGAGGGCAGCAGACCAGUGCUUCCGGUUUACGUUAUUGUCCUCAUUUGCAUAUCUGCUGCAGUUGUCAUUUCUGUCGUCAUCGUGUCCGUGUACUGCGCAGUAAUCAAAUCCAAAGUUGGUCAUGCAGGGGUUACCACCCCUGCAAACGUCACUCGCCAAUCAGCAGUUCCUGUCCCGUCCAACUCUUAUCCAAUGAUUGCUCAGUGCGUUCCAAGAUAGCACGAGAAAUUCCAACACAAAGAAAAGUUAGAAAUUUAAAUUAUUUAACCAAGAACUGUGAUCUGUGGGAUAUGCUCAACGAGCUGGGAAAUAGAUUUUUACUCCAGUUGUGAAAUAAUAUUCCAAGAGAAGGAAAGUGUUUGUAGGGCAACAUGUCAUUACAGAACUGGAAAUCGUUUUCCUGCCUGAUUUUGCACCAUUAUUGCUGAUUCUGCUGAUCUGUCCCCUUAUUAGGCUACAUGUAUUAUUCUGCGUUUUUAAUCUACGGAUUAAGGAAGAUUGUGUUUUAUUUACAUUUUAAAGGAAUGAAAAUUGGAAAUAGUGCAUGGGUCCGUUGCCUUUGGAAAUGAAAGAUUUCAUAUCACAUUUGAGGUGAUAAAUCCGGAUUUGGCUGCAAAGAACAACAGACCAAAAUGCAAACUUGUCGAUGGAUUUAUCGAAGACGUGUGCUUAGAGUGUUGGUCCGGUUAUCACUUAAGUAUAUUAAGGAUUGCAUGCAGACUUACAAGAGUAAGAUACGGAAUGCAUGCAGACUUACAAGAGCAAGAUAAGGAAUGCAUGCAGACUUAUACACAUUGUAAGAGUAGGAUAAGAAAUGCAUGCAGACUUACAAGAGUAAGAUACGGAAUGCGUGCAGACUUACAAGAGUAAGAUACGGAAUGCAUGUAGACUUAUCAUUGGUUUCAAAUGAUCAAAAAUCAUUCUCAUGUCCUAAAUGUCUGAACGAGUGUCUGAACAAAACACGUUGGUACCUUUUUAAUACAACAAAGACCAGCUAGCAAACAGUGGAAAAGUAUUCCUUGACAGACAAAAAUACAAAAUUUAGGUUCAUGACAGCUGACAACAAAACGUAAAAAAGUACACCUUGAAACGUACGACAACAAAAAUAGGUAAAUGACAGAUGAUAACAAAUAAUAGAUAAAUACACAUUGAUACCGCAAUUUGACGAUUAGUGAGUUAAUGACAACAGAUAGCAAAUGAACAGGAGAAAAACUACACCGUGAAUCCUAGCGCUGGUAAAAAAGAUUUCAUUUGAGGAUAACGAUCAGCGCGCUAUAAUUUUGGUCAGCAUUACCAUGCAGAAGAUUUUCCAUUGCGAUUUGGUUUUUGUUCUCUUCCAAUGAUGUUUACAAGUCCAGUAAUUCUCUAUAACUAAAGACGAGGUUUUGCAACCCCCAUUAUUUUUUUAUAUAUGUAUUGAACGGUGCUAAAACCUUGUGUAUCCCUCGUUAACACGUUUACUACGUUUUAUAACCUUGUACCCUCAUUACCCUUAAAUUAUCAAAUAAUCAGCGUAGUCAAAUGAUGUGAUGAACAUACGCUUGCACGUUGUAGUUCUUAACACUGUAUAUUGUAAUUCCCACCCAGAACCGAAGGAGAGUGUAGCCUGGGUCUACACCUUGUCCGUUAGUCAGUCACGAAUCAGUUUUUAAGUUACAAAACCAAUUCGAAUUUUGGGCCGUUUCGUUCGCUUAAAUCGGUACAAGUGAAGUUGACUACAUCCUGUUUUCGCAUGCCCUUAUAACGUAUAUAAUAUCAGCGACAAUGUACAUGUACGUUGUUGAUUCUUUUUGU